UAUGAUGCUUCCUGUUACUUUCAAUUUUCAGUGCUUCUUGAAUCUUUUUCAGUCAAUCUUUUCAUAAUCAAACAAUUAAAGUUUUUAAACUUUUCAGUCAAAAUUAAUAUGCUAGAGUACUGUCAUUGUAUUAUCAUAUUCAUCAGAAGCUGACAAUCUGUGAUAACAAUUUCAUAAUGAAAGUAAACCACAUGUGUUCAAUUUUUGUAUCUGUUAAGUUCAAAUUGUCAACUAGAUUUUUUAAUAAAUGUUGUUAUUCAACCGAUAGGAUUGGAUAUUCAUCUAAUAACAGAUUUUUAAAUGUUUGUGUUUUUGGAAAUCAUCAGUCCGGCAAAACUCUAUUAUGCUCUACACUGACUAAGGCGCUAUCCAAAAUCAAUUCAACCCAGUAUAUACCAGUUGAUGUUUUGGAUAGUAAUGAAGAUGAAAAGAAAACAGGAUCCACUAUCAACCUUUCAUUUGCACCUAUCAACACUGGGAACUCUGAAGUUACUUUAAUUGAUUGUCCUGGUAGAGAUAUUUUAAUCAACCCAAGAAUAACAGGAUUAACUAUCGCUGACUUAGGAGUUUUGGUUGUUUCUUGUGAUCAAGAUUCAUUAGUGGACAUCAUUAGGAAGGAACUAGCCUUAGCUAGACAUUUCAAUCUCAGAGAAAUUGUUCUAUUCCUCAAUAAGUCAGAUUUGAAAUUUUUAGAUGGUAAUGUACAUACAAAUGAAUCCAUAAAGAAACUACUGAAUCAAUAUGGAUACCAAAGUGAUCUCAUAUUUUCUGGAAGUCUUUUGGAACCCGAUGCGGAUGAUCAACCUCAAAUCAAACAACUAAUAGAUUAUAUCGACAAAUUUCCAAUUCCUAAACGUGAUUCAGUAUCUCCAGUGUACAUGAAAGUUAUCACAACCAAAGUCUUGGACAGCAGCGAUACUUUUGUCUUAGGAUAUCUUGAAAAAGGUACAUUUUCUGUUGGACAAAAUUUUACCGUUCUUGGAAAAGGACGCGAGUUUGAUGUUUGUGUCUCCGAAAUUCUUGACUCCGAAUGUGAUAAAAUUGAAGCUGGAUCCUUAUGUAAAAUAAUGCUACGAGGAAAUAGAAGAAGAUGGCUGUCAAAAGGGGUUGUCAUCACAAAUCCUGGAUCAUACCAAGCUAACGACCACUUUAAUUGCUCGAUCACACCAACUUCUGCAGAUGAUUAUUUCAAGGAAAGUUUUGGCCAAAACCUUCCAUUAGACCUUUACUCUGACCAACCGCACAGUUUCUGUCGCGUUAAGGCUUUAGAUUACUGUAAAGUAGACAAUAUGUACAAUUGCAAUAUAAAACUAAGUGAUGCUCAAGUCUUAUCCAAAAAUUACCCAUUUGUAUUAGCCAAAAAUAAAAUACUAGUUGGUCUCGGAAAAGUCAAUGAAAUAUUACCAAAUCUCAAUGCCGAAGAUAAGCUGAGGAUGCAUAAAAAAUUGCAAUGAAACCGAAUCUGUAUAAAACCAAAUCAAUUUUUUGUUAUAAUUAAUAAAUUGUAUUUAAGAGCUAUGACUAAACUGGCAAAUGUUUAUUUUGAUGUCCAACUUGAAGAUUGAUUAUAAUCAUUCAAUUUUAUUCAAUUUUGUAACUUACGAAUUGUUUACCAAACUCUCAUCCAUCAAAUCAAAUGUCAACCAAAUUUAAUUUACCUACAAUGGUCCAUUUGAGAGCCAAAUUACUUUUCCAAGAAAACAAUUGGACUCUUGACUAUUUGCCUCAAAUUUCGAGUUUCUUAUUCAGACUUAAUCAUUGGUAAAGAGGAUAACAAUUUUUAACCUAACAUGAGCACCAUUAGAUCUAACGGAGCUGCUAGUCUAUACGACUAUUAUAUCCAAUCUAAUCAAUUUUUUUCUGUAAUUGAACGAUCAACAGAUUACGUGAAAGUUUUUAAAUUCAUUGGAAUGAUUGGCCUUUGCGAAAAGAUUUACAUGACCAUUCUUUACACAGGAACUCUGAUCAACGAGUUGAUGGGUAAAAAUGACUUUUUUGACGAAACCAACAAUCGGAUUCUAUUUAAUUUAUUUACAACCAUAGAUCAACUCUUUAUAUUUCACGAUUGGUUCACAUUUGAUCCCUUCUUAUUCAGCUCUGCUUUCGAUGAAAUCUGGAAAACAUUACCUUUCUCUAAUGCAACUACACACAAAAUAGAGUCACAAUUAACUUACUGUAAAUUGAACUUCACCAUACUAACCCUGUCUCAAUUUAUCUUAUGUUAUGCUCUUCUGUUCCACGACCCUUUGGUUGAACAGAAAAAAGUAUCGAAUCUAACUUACAUCAGUAAAGUGUUCAACGUAUUGGGAUAUGGAUAUUCACUGUUUAUUGUAAACCACCUUCUGAUUACCGGUGUUUUCCUCCAUUCUGGUUUUGUCUCCUUGUCGUCCAUUUUGGAUUCAUUGGUUAACUAUUCCAAGACGAAGUUAUGUCUGUCAAAACAACAUCUUAGGCCCAAAAUAAUCUGUUAUUAUCGAAAUGUGUACAAUUUUUUAGGACAAUUAACCGAUUUAACAGAUAGAUCACACAGAAUGUUUAUUGGUACAUUUUACUUGACUUGUGUUCCCAAGAUGGUUACUAUGGUUUAUGACAUUGUCUUUACUGGUGCUGAAUUCAAAAUAUUUCACAUAGCUGAAGCUUGUGCUAAUGUGAUCAGAUUAAUUGUAAUAACCAAUAGUGUGGCUGAAAUACCAAAUUACACAGCAAAUUUUUGGAAAACAAUUUAUUCAUUUUCAAUAGUUUGUACAGACUCUCCGAGUAUGAACGAGGCAAAUUUAUUUCUGGAAGCGAGUCUUAACCAAAAUUAUGGAAUCAAAAUUUUUUCAAGCAAAGUCAUAACUUAUGCAAUAGUACCUACAAUAAUUACCACAAUUGCAACCUAUUUCAUAGGUAUAGCGUCAUACCAGAGAAGCCGAAUCUAUGCUUGCUUCGAUAAAGCCAAUGACACUAAAUGUCUUGUUGAUUGAAAGCAAGUAAAAAUGGACAAAGUGAUUUAAUUUGAUAACAUAUUCGGAAAGAAUAGACUUCAUUUUUGUGGCUUUUAAUUUGUUUAAGAGAUUGGUUAUCAACGAUUUUCAGUGAAGUUCAGUUUCUCAGUUUUGACUUGAACUUUCUGCUGAUACGCAAUUAGGUGAAAAUCCCUUACAGUGUGUAACUCUUAACUUAAGAGUCUUAAGUUAAGAGUCACAACCACAUGAUCAAGUGUAAACAUUAGUUGUUUAUUAAAAAUGAAUGUUGACUGUUUUCAUUCCUUAUCUUGAUUCUGUCAUGAAUCAUAUUUAUUUUUAAUUUGUGAAGCAAGAAAAUGGAUCAAUAAAAUGAUUUUGUUCUUGUAUAAAGUUAUAAUAAUUUACAGAAGCCAUGAUUGGAUGGAAAGGUGUUUUUCUCAGAAAGUGUUCUCUCAAGAAUGCUACUUGUCUAACUAACUUACAUUUUAAUUGGAAAUCAAUUACAAAUGAUCUGAUUGUUGAUAAAAGUGGCUGUUUGUCAUCUGACUUCACAUUAAUUGUCAAUUUGUGAAACAAGGAUUGUUAACCUGCAGUAAAUUUGAUUCUUAUUUGGGUUUCAAUGUUUCUGUUUUAUUCGAGAUCUCUCUGGAUCAAUCAACUUUUGCUGUAAAUGUCUUCCAGAUUUUGUGAUAUCAUUUAAACUGAAUGAUCAUGGGUAUCAUGAGAAUCUUUAAAAAUUGCCGUCGUAAAUCAACCAUCAAACAAAUUUACCAUUCUUUCAAAUUCAUGUUGAUUUCUACAAUUAUUGAGAACGUUGGUUCAACGUCGGAAGGUAUCCCAAACAAUGAGCUGGAUCCUAUUCACCGAUCAAAUUACCAUUCGCUUGGAUAUGAUUUAUUCAUUUAUGGAUCCGUAACAUUAUCCUUCAUUUUAGCAUGGAAAUUACUAAAGAUUUACCGUAACAGUAUCACAAUUCCCAUUUAUGAUGCUUCAAAGGGUCAUCAUUGGGUCUCCUUUCAACUUCCACCGAUGAUGGUUUCCAAUGUGGUAUUUUGUAACAUCUGCAAAGGUUUAAUUGUUGACGGAUUAUACUGUGAUUAUUGUGGUAUUUGUGCAGACAGUAGUUCAUGUCAUCAUUCUGCUGACACUCAAAUUCCAUGUAAACUAUCUUUCACUCGUGCUGAUGAUAAUAUUUCAUUCCAUCGCCAUCAUUGGGUUCAAGGAAAUAUAUCUUCUCAAUCUUCUUGUAUUGUUUGUGGUGAUGAUAUUGAAGAAAAAGAAGACGUUCUCCAAGAUUUCAGAUGUUGUUGGUGUCAACGGACGGUUCAUGAAGCAGAAUCAUGUUACAAUCAGAUUUCUGAUACACGUUGUGACUCUGGAAAAUAUGGUAAAUACAUCAUUCCACCAGAAUCCAUUAAAUGUCAAUCUCGCUGGUUACGAGGGCGAAGUCAAGUUAUUUGUUCCAUCGAUCCGACUAAACCAACUGAAAAUUGGCAACCUCUGAUAGUAUUCGGUAAUAGAAAAAGUGGAAACAAUGAUGGAGCCAAAGUAUUACGAGCUUUUCGCUAUGUUCUCAAUCGUUGUCAAGUCAUUGAUCUAGCCAAUGAAUCACCAGAACAAGGCUUAUAUUGGUGUAAGGUUUUAUCGAAAAAUCAUCCAGAUAUUGUGCCAGUUAUUCUUGUUGCCGCUGGUGAUGGCACAGUUGCUUGGAUUCUUCAGACUAUUGAUAAAAUGAAACUCUCACCUGUUCCAAUGGUUGGUAUUAUUCCUCUUGGAACCGGUAAUGACUUGGCUCAAGUUCUUGGCUGGGGAGCAAGUUUCAAUUGCGAUUCACCACUAAGAUUUAUAAUGGAUUGUCUAGAGAAAUCAAAAUGUGUGCUAUUAGAUAGAUGGUCAGUUAAAAUAUCCCCUCCAAUAUUUGGUCUUUCCUUCACUUAUAAAUCUCUAGUCAUGAAUAAUUAUCUAUCUAUUGGAGUUGAUGCUUUGGUGGCACUAAAUUUUCAUCAAACAAGAGAAUCAAAAUAUUACAGUUGGUUUGGCAGUCGAUUGUUUAAUAAAUUUUUAUACUUUAGCUACGGAACUAAAGAUCUUUUAGAACGUAAAUGUAGUGAAUUGGAGAAAAAAAUAUAUUUAGAGUUGGAUGGAGUUAAGCAAGAUUUACCUGAACUAGAAUCAAUUGUUGUCUUAAAUAUACCCAGCUGGGGUGGUGGAAAAGAUAUCUGGUCCAUAGGUAGAAAUUCAGAAAGCACUUUUCCUGAUCAGCAGAUAGAUGACCAAUUGAUUGAAGUUUUAGGCAUAACUUCUUCUUUCCAUAUUGCUCAAAUAAUGGUUGGACUUUCAGAGCCUCUUAGAAUUGGAAGAGCCAAAACGGUGCUCAUCAAGCUUACCGAUAAACUUCCUAUGCAAGUUGAUGGUGAACCUUGGAUCCAACACCCGUGUAGUAUUAAAAUUGAUUGGCUUAAUCAAGCAAAAAUGUUGAAAGUUCCAGUUAAAGAAUGAAUUCAAAUCUGCAAAGGAAAGCAAGAGUUCUUAUAAUUGUCAAUUCUUUUGUGUCGUUUAGGACUGCUACUCAUCUGACUAAUGUGCUUAAUAGUACAUUAUUUAUUUCGUAUUUUUUAAUCAAAACAGGCGAAUUAUCAUAUUCAAAGUUUAUCAACUAUACAAGUUAUCAAAUCCAUCUCCAAAUCAGACUGAAAUUUAGUAUUUCUUAUUAAAGUUCCAUUCGAAUAAGAUACUUAAAUGUGGUUUAUGUGACUCACUUUCGGAUAUUUAACGAAAGAAUCCCAUGAAAUCCCCUUUUGUAAAUUCCCUUUCAGUUAUUUAAAUACUAUUACCUUUCUUAUCUAAAUAAAUUCUGUUAACUCAUUCAUUC